UUGUACACAGAAAUAGUUAUCUAAUUGGAAUUUAAGCAAAUAAAUAAAAUCCAAGAAUUGGACGCAACGCACGGCGUCACAACAAGUGACCCAUACGGUUUUAUCGGCAUCAGACAAGAUCACAACAUAUUAAUCAAUUAUUUCAGUUACAGAAGCAGUCGUACUGAGGUUGCGUUCCUAAUUUUAUUGUAUUGCGAUCAAUUCCGUAACCGUGUACCUUCUCUUUUUCCUGAAAUUAUUGCCAACCCUGUCAACUGUCACCUUUAAUAUUUUAACCAACCUUGAGCCGCUUUAUGCAAACCUAUGCAAUCCAGUAUUUAUCAGUACAGUGUUUAUAUUUGCGGUUUGAAUUUAAACCGUUAUCAAAAUAAGUUAAAUUCUGUGCGACGUACGAAUCUGUAAUUUAUUUGUUGACAAUUACUAAGAGAAAAGAUGUGGAGCUCUUUACUUGGAUUUUUUGGAGUAUUGCUAUUAAGAGAAUGCUCUGGUGCUGAUUCAGAUAUAGAGUUGGAUGCUAGAGCACAAACAACUCACCGGUUGGAUACACUAAAUUUGCUAUUAUAUACCCUCCUUCUGAUACUGACUGUCCUCACAGUUUGGUUGUUCAAACAUAGGAGAGUCAGCUUUUUACAUGAAACUGGUUUGGCUGUUAUAUAUGGAUUGAUUGUGGGUGCAAUAAUAAGGUAUGCAGGCAGCAGUGAUCCUGUCCUACGAAUGUCAGUGGUGUCCAAUGAUGCAAAAUACAAUUCAAGUUUACCACCAGAUGCCUUAUCACUACAUUUUCCAUUUAAGUAUCACAGCAAGAAUAAAACAUAUGAGUAUAUGUUCCGUGGAGAGAUCAGGGACGUGAGAGAUAAUGAAAUUGACUUUAAAGCAACUUUUGAUCCUGAAAUCUUUUUUAACAUUAUCUUGCCACCAAUAAUUUUCCAUGCUGGAUAUUCAUUGAAAAGGAAAUAUUUUUUCCGUAACUUGGGUGCAAUACUAACAUUCGCCAUUAUUGGUACAACAGUGUCUUCAUUUGUAGUUGGGGCCUUAAUGUAUGGUUGUGUUCAAUUAAUGCCUUCUCACAUGGCGAACAGUAUUACAUUCUUAGACACUCUAUACUUUGGGGCACUUAUUUCUUCCACAGAUCCACUUACGGUGCUAGCGAUCUUUAGUGAUCUUCGCGUGGAUGUUAAUUUGUAUGCAUUGGUUUUUGGUGAAAGCGUUUUAAACGACGCUGUUGCUCUUGUUCUUAGUGGAUCCAUUCAGAACUAUGCCGAAAAGUAUCAAUCAGGAACUGGCACAUUUGAAACAGUAGCAUUUUUCAAAGCCGUGUGGAACUUUUUCGCUAUAUUUAUGCUGUCUCUACUUAUUGGCGCUGUCAUGGGAAUGAUUACUGCAUUAAUGACGAAAUUCACCAGAAUACGAGACUUUCCUUUGCUCGAGUCAGCUUUAUUUGUUCUGAUGUCUUACAGCACGUUUUUAAUUGCUGAAGCAACGGAACUUACAGGCGUCGUGACUGUUCUGUUUUGCGGAAUCUGCCAAGCACAUUAUACUUACAACAAUCUAUCUGAUGAGUCAAGAAAUCGAACUAAACAAAUGUUCGAACUGCUGAAUUUCCUCGCUGAGAACUUCAUAUUUUCUUACAUCGGUGUGUCGAUGUUCACAUUUCCUAAGCACCACUUUGAUGUGCUUUUCAUAGUAGCUGGAUUCACUUGCGCUGCUAUUGGACGAGCCGUGAAUAUCUAUCCAUUGUCUUGGUUGAUGAACUUCUGGCGUUCCCCAAAGAUACCAACCAACUUUCAGCACAUGCUCUUCUUUGCAGGUCUUCGCGGUGCUAUGUCGUUUGCUUUAGCAAUUAGGAACACCGUAUCCGAAGCCAGACAGGCUAUGCUUACGACUACUUCUCUCAUUGUGAUAAUAACUGUAAUUAUACAAGGCGGUUCGGCUUUGAAUCUCCUCUACUGGUUCAAAAUACCAGUUGGAGUGGACGAGGAACCGGAUACUCGACGAAAUGACGGCACUGUUGACUGGCCGAACUCGCCAUAUGACAAGGCUAUUUUAGCACGUUGGUGGUCAUCUUUUGAUACUAAUUAUAUGAAGCCGUUGCUUACCCACUCUCGUCCAACAUUGUUAGAAACUUUACCAGUCUGCUGCAACGGGAUUGCCCGACUUUUAACGACGACCGAGCAAAUGACUCAGGAAAAUGCUAAUGGAAAUCUAGGCGAUUCCGAUUCAGACAUUUGUAUCGUAGAUAAUGAUACAUAUCAGAGAGACAACUCCUCAUCUGUAACGCCGUCAAUCCAAGCAAUCAGUGGCCAUCAAGUAUAGGUAUAUACUUACCGUGAAAUGGCCACAAUUUCAUAAGAGGUUCGCUGGCUGUGAUUGUUCAUAUGUUAUGUACUUAAUUAUAUUUAUUAUUACGUUCAAUAAUAAUGUUUUUAUUGCGUCUUCGAUGAAAAUCGCGUGCGACAUCCGAGGGCGCACGAAUUGAUCACGAAUGCACACCGAUUACGUUUAUUACUUGAAUUACAUGAAAGCUUUUGAUCUUA